GUGCGCACGCGUAAUAGGACCGACUACAACCUGACGUUAUCAACACUGUAAAAAAAAAAGUUCUGUCCACCAUGAACCUGGGAAUGAUUCAUCCAGCCGUGAAGUGAGACAUGGAAGAGCAAACAACUCCAGUGAGACAGCAGCAUAAACUCAGUGUUGACAGACUGCAGAGAUACCUGUCCGCCAGGUCGGUGCUGUCAAACAAUGAGCCAAUCAGCGUCAGGCAGUACAGUUUCGGUCAGUCGAACCCGACUUUUCUGAUCCAAACACCCUCAGACAGGAGCUAUGUGCUCAGAAAGAAACCUCCGGGUGAGCUGCUGCCAGGUGCACACAAGGUGGACCGGGAGUAUCGGGUGCAGAAGGCCUUGUUUUCCUCAGGCUUCCCUGUUCCUCGGCCUCUCUUGCACUGCACUGAUGCUGAAGUCAUUGGAACAGAUUUCUACCUGAUGGAACAUGUGAAGGGGAGGAUAUUCAGGGAUCUGCGUCUCCCUGGAGUGCGUGCAGCAGAGAGAACAGCUCUGUAUGUAGCUGCAGUGGAGGUGCUCGCAAAGCUGCACUCGCUGGACUUUACAGCAAUGGACCUUGACGGGUACGGAAAAGGACCCGGCUACUGCAGGAGACAAGUGUCCACCUGGACCAAACAGUACACUGCUGCAGCACACCGAGACAUUCCAGCCAUGAACCAGCUCUCUGAUUGGUUAAGGAACAAUUUGCCAGCUAAUGAUAACGAGGUCACGCUCGUCCAUGGAGACUUUCGAUUGGACAAUUUGAUUUUCCAUCCAACAGAGGCGCGUGUGAUAGCAGUGUUGGACUGGGAGCUGUCCACCACCGGGCAGCCGCUGGCUGAUCUGGCUUACUUCCUCAUGCCUAAAUACUGGCCUGAAGGCCUCAGCAUCAUCAACACCAUGGGCAGUUUGAAAGGAAUAGAAGGCGUCCCGUCUGUGGAUGACCUUAUCUCCAUUUACUGCCGUUGCCGGGGGAUCCCGUCUGCUCUGCCAGAGUUGAAUUUUUACCUCGCCCUGUCCGUCUUUAAAAUGGCAGGAAUCGCCCAGGGGAUCUAUGCACGCCACCUCCUGGGGAAUGCCAGCGCUCCCAAUGCCGCCCAGUUCGGCCACUGUGUGGAGCCCUUGGCUGAAUAUGCCUUGCAGCUUGCACACAGGUCCGUCACAGGUCCCACAGAAGACGGCCUGUUCCUGCAGACGGGGAAAGGUCGAGCCGUUCUCCAGCAGGUCAAAGACUUCAUGAGACAGUACGUGCUUCCUGCUCAACAGGAAGUUGCAGAGUACUACUCCAAACACACGCAGUCUCCUCAGAGGUGGCACACCCCUCAGAUAAUAGAAGAGCUUAAGGUGAGAGCCAGGGAGGCGGGGCUGUGGAACCUCUUCCUGCCUGCAGUCAGCGGUCUCAGUCAGCUGGACUACGCGUUCAUUGCAGAGGAGACGGGACGCUGCCUCUUUGCCCCUGAAGUCUUCAACUGCCAGGCUCCUGACACGGGGAACAUGGAGGUGCUGCACAUGUUUGGCAGUGAGGAGCAGAAGGAGAAAUGGCUGGAGCCUCUGCUCCGAGGAGAGAUCCGCUCCUGCUUCUGCAUGACAGAGCCCGAUGUGGCCUCCAGUGAUGCGACCAACAUGGAGUGCACUCUUCACAGGGAUGAAGACCACUACGUCAUAAACGGCAAGAAGUGGUGGAGCAGCGGUGCUGGCAAUGCAAAAUGCAAAGUGGCCAUCGUGAUGUGCAGGAGCGGCUUGCAAGAUGUCAGCAGCAGACACCGUCAGCACAGCAUGAUCCUCGUUCCCAUGGACACAGCGGGUGUAAAGCUCAUCAGACCGCUCACUGUGUUUGGACAGGACGAUGCCAUCCAUGGCGGCCAUUUUGAGGUUCACUUUGAAAAUGUGCGUGUCCCUUCUGCCAACAUCAUCCUGGGAGAGGGAAGGGGAUUCGAGAUAGCUCAGGGGCGUCUGGGGCCGGGCCGGCUGCACCACUGCAUGAGGGCCGUCGGUGCAGCGGAGUUGGCGCUGGAGCUGCUCUGCCAGCGAGCGGCCUCCAGGAGCACGUUUGGAAAGAAGCUGUACCAACAUGAGGUGGUCGCUCACUGGAUCGCAGAGUGCCGUCUCAUGAUCGAGCAGACCCGCCUGCUGACUCUACAGGCCGCUCACGCUCUCGAUACAGUCGGCAGCCGCGCUGCUCGCAAACAGAUUGCGAUGAUAAAGGUGGCAGCAGCCAGGAUGGCGUGUAAGGUGGUGGACAUCGCUAUCCAGGUGUACGGCGGCGCAGGUGUGUCUGGAGAUGUCCCCCUUGCACAAAUAUAUUCUUAUGUGAGGACUCUUCGUAUCGCUGACGGGCCGGAUGAGGUGCACCUCUCUUCGAUCGCCGGGCUAGAGCUGAGGGAUCAACUCAAAAAGGCAAAGGCCAAACUGUAGAGCGGUGGACAGGAAGUGUUGAAUGAGCUGGACUUUGGAGGUCAAACAGAUUGGCAGAUAGUGAGUUUGCCCUCAGUUGCCGUAACAACCAGCUCCAAUGAAUCAUCAGCAUUUUCUAAAAACCUUUGGUAAUUUUUACACAAAAAAUAAAUAUGAUUGUAUAUGAUCUACUCUCACUUUGUAUAAAUUGUCUCAUUAAACACUUCUAAUUAAAACAAAAAGAAGAA